UCAAUUUCACCGCAUCUCUUCUUUUCAGAUAUUUUUUUUUUCAUUAGGGUUUGUCUUUAUAUUUUCCUAGGGUUUUAUAAUGGCGGCUGAAGUUGAGUACAGUUGUUUCGUUGGUGGUCUAGCAUGGGCCACCACAGAUAGAACCCUAGCUGAUGCUUUCGGUACUUAUGGCGAAGUAGUCGAUUCCAAGAUCAUUAACGACAGAGAAACUGGCAGAUCUAGAGGAUUCGGCUUCGUUACCUUCAAGGAUGAGAAAUCAAUGAAGGAUGCAAUUUCAGCAAUGAACGGUCAGGAACUUGACGGCCGUAACAUCACCGUUAACGAAGCUCAGGCUCGCGGUAGCGGCGGCGGUGGAGGUGGCGGUUUCGGCGGUGGCCGACGUCAAGGAGGCGGCGGAGGUUACGGAGGAGGCGGCGGUGGAUACGGCGGCGGUGGUGGUUAUGGAGGUGGCCGCCGUGAAGGUGGCGGGGGAGGCUACGGUGGCCGACGUGAAGGUGGUGGUGGCGGUUAUGGCGGAGGUGGAUAUGGCGGUGGUGACCGUUAUUAGAUAGUUUGGUUGAGU